AUGCUGUUCAACGCGCUUACAGUCAUGUCUAUCAUCGCAAGCGUUCAUGCCGCUGGUCGUGCGAUCGUGACCAACCAAUGCCCUGGACCCAUCUACCUUUGGUCCGUUGGCGGCAGCAUCAGCGACCAAUACGUCAUCAAUCCCGAUACUUCCUAUAGCGAGCACUUCUACACUGAUCCCAAAUCUGGUGGGAUCGCACUCAAGAUUUCACCCAUCGAAGGCGGUAUUUUCAAGCCCAAUGUCAGCCAAACCAUUUUCGCAUACAACCUCGACGUCAACCAGAUCUGGUACGAUAUGAGCGACAUCUUCGGCGACGGUUUUGCCGGAAGCACUAUGUCGCUCAAGCCGACGGACAAGACCUGCGAGAGCAUUGAGUGGGGGUAUGGAAAGCCGCCCGCUGGUAGUCAGGUCAAGAGCUGCGGGGCUGAAACGGAUCUUGAACUGACAUUUUGUACUGGGCAGUGCUUGCCGAGUUGGUAUCCUUGUGGAAGAGCCGCACCGCCGGGCCAGAUGAAGACGUGCUGCACGCAUUGUAUCGGUGAUCAUCACUGUGUCGCUGCGCCUUGA